AUGCAGCUGUGUCCCAAGGAGCUUGACAAGCUCGUCAUAUCCCAGCUCGGCCUGCUUGCCCAGCGUCGCCUGGCACGGGGCGUCAAGUUGAAUCACGCUGAAGCUGCUGCAUUGAUUGCAAACAAUCUCCACGAACUUAUUCGCGAUGGCAACCAUACUGUCGCCGAUCUCAUGUCCAUUGGCAAGACCAUGUUGGGUCGCCGCCAUGUACAGCCUGCAGUUGUCUCAUCGCUCGUAGAGUUGAUGGUCGAAGGCACCUUCCCCACAGGCACCUAUCUUGUUACCGUCCAUCACCCCAUCUCUACCGAAGAUGGAGACCUCGAAAAGGCGCUAUAUGGCUCCUUUCUCCCUAUUCCCUCUAAUGAAUUGUUCCCUCUGCCCGAUCCCAGCGUGUACGAUGACACCAAGCAACCAGGCGCAAUAGUCGCUGUCAAGGGAGAGAGCGGACUCAUCAAACUGAACGAGGGGCGCAAGAGAAUAAAACUCAAGGUAAAGAGCGUGGGAGACCGGCCAAUUCAGGUCGGAUCGCACUAUCACUUUAUCGAGACAAACCCUCAGCUGCAAUUCGACCGCGUUCGAGCGCACGGCUACCGACUUGACAUUCCCGCCGGCACCUCGGUACGCUUUGAGCCUGGUGACACGAGGACCGUCACUCUUGUUCAAAUCGGCGGGAACCAGAUCAUCAAGGGUGGAAACCAGAUUGCUUCAGGCUUCAUUGGAGACCUGUCCGUCGCCAACACUAUCGUAGAGAAGUUACAGGCUGGAGGUUUUCUUCACGAGCCUGAGCCCCAUGGCGAUGCUGCCCAUAUUGACAUUUGUACCAUGGAGCGACAAGUCUACAUCUCAAUGUUUGGUCCGACAACUGGCGACUUGGUGAGGCUAGGCGCUACAGAUCUGUGGAUCAAGGUAGAAAAGGACAUGACUGUAUAUGGCGACGAAUGUGCAUUCGGAGGAGGUAAGACGCUGCGUGAGGGCAUGGGUCAGGCUGGUGGGCGAUCAGACAAGGAGUCUUUAGAUACAGUCAUCACCAAUGCCCUCAUCGUCGAUUGGUCCGGUAUCUACAAAGCCGACAUUGGAAUCAAAGACGGCAUGAUUGUUGGCAUUGGCAAAGCAGGCAACCCGGACGUUAUGGACGGCGUAGACCCUAGGCUGGUGGUCGGAGCCUGCACCGAUGUCAUAGCUGGCGAGCACAAGAUUGUGACAGCGGGCGGUAUUGACACACACAUUCACUUGAUUUGCCCCCAGCAGGCGGAAGAGGCUAUAGCAUCUGGAAUCACAACAAUGCUCGGAGGCGGUACAGGACCCAGUACUGGCUCGAACGCAACAACAUGUACGCCUGGUAAGACGCACAUCAAACAGAUGCUUCAGGCCAUUGAUGAGCUUCCUCUCAACUACGGAAUUACGGGUAAAGGAAAUGAUUCUGAGCUUCGUCCACUGCAACAGCAAGCCGAGGCCGGCGUUUGCGGUCUCAAACUGCACGAGGAUUGGGGAAGUACGCCUGCAGCUAUUGAUGCUUGCUUACAAGUCUGCGAUGAAUACGACAUACAAACACUGAUCCAUACCGACACGCUGAACGAAUCUGGUUUUGUUGAGUCUACUAUCGCGGCGAUUAAGGGCCGAACGAUUCACACAUACCAUACCGAGGGUGCCGGCGGAGGACAUGCUCCAGAUAUCAUCAGUGUGGUUGAACAUGACAACGUGCUGCCCUCCUCAACCAACCCUACCCGGCCAUAUACCCGCAACACGCUGGACGAGCACCUCGACAUGCUCAUGGUCUGCCAUCAUCUCUCCCGCAACAUUCCCGAGGACGUAGCCUUCGCCGAGUCGCGUAUCCGAGCCGAGACGAUUGCCGCAGAAGACGUACUCCACGACCUCGGCGCCAUCUCAAUGAUGUCUUCGGACUCACAAGCUAUGGGCCGUUGCGGCGAAGUCAUUCUCCGCACCUGGAACACAGCACACAAGAACAAGGUGCAGCGCGGUACACUCAAGGAAGACGAGGGCACCGACGCAGACAACUUCCGCGUCAAACGAUACAUCAGCAAGUACACAGUCAAUCCAGCCAUUGCCCAGGGCAUGGGCCAUCUCAUCGGCAGCGUCGAAGUAGGCAAACUCGCCGAUCUCGUCCUCUGGACUCCAAACAACUUUGGCGUAAAACCAAAUUUGAUUGUAAAGAGCGGAUUCUGUUCAUACGCCGUCAUGGGCGAUCCCAACGGAUCCAUCCCCAUGGUCGAACCCCGCAUUAUGCGCCCAAUGUUUGCCCCGCUCGUCCCCGCCUCCAGCAUAACUUUCGUCUCCCAAGCCUCCAUCGCCUCGGGCGUUGUGCACUCGUACGGCCUGCGCAAGCGCGUCGAAGCAGUCAAGAAUUGCAGGAACAUUGGUAAGCGCGAUAUGAAGUUCAAUGAUACGAGGCCCAAGAUGAAGGUUGAUCCGGAGAGUUAUACAGUGGAGGCUGAUGGCAUGGUUUGUGUGGCAGAGCCGGCGGAGACGUUGCCCUUGACGCAGGGCUAUUUUGUUUAUUGA